GUAGCAUGGUGAAAGGGUGCAAACUGCAAAGGCGAUGAAGUUAGCAGAUACAUACAGAGAUGCAGUGCAUAAAUGAGGACAACAUUUUCCGGCCGUUAACGGGGCCUACUCCGACCACAACUCUGACAAAAACUCUUACAUACGACGUGAUCUACUCCUCUACCUAUUAACUCCAACUUCUAGACCGUUGGAGAGCCCAAACCAAAUCAAAUUUCUGCAAAUCCUCUCAUUUAUUACUGCAAUUUCCGCCCAUACUUCUACUUCUAUCCUCCCAUAUUAAAGACUCACUCCCUCAUGUUUGCUUCGCCCUUCUCUCCCAACCCAAAAUCAAAGAUCGGAGCUUUCGCAGUGAUUGCUUUGAUUGAGAAUGCCUUGGCAAAGUGCGAUUGAGAAUGGAAGAAAUGGAGGGAAUUGCUGCAAGGUGAGGAAGAGGGGAGGGUCGUCGUCGUCGUCUUCAACCGUGAGGAGUUACCGGUUGAAACGGGCGGUUUUGGUCGGGAAGAGAGGCGGCGGGUCAACCGCACCGGCGCCGGAGUUUAGUACGACGACCACAUCAGCAAUACCGCAAAGUGAUGCCGAUAAGUCAUGUAACUACUCGGAGAAAGAGAGAGAAUUGUUGGUUUCUGCGCGGAAAUUGGCUGCUAAUUUGUGGCAGAUUAAUGGGUUGAAGGGGGAGAGUAAUGUGGAGGAAAGGGGUGAAGUGAAAUUGGGUAGGAAAGAGAGGGUUUUGAAGGAAAAUUCAAAAGCUUCGCAGUCUGAUGAUCAUUCUCAGGGAAUUGACAAGAUUCUGCAGACUGAUUACCCAUUUGAAAGUGAUUGCUUUAUGAAGAGCAGAAACCGAUUGAAAGAUAUCCGCCAUGGCCUCAGCACCUCAAAACAGCUACUAGAAGUUGUGAGUCACAUUUGGUCUCUUGAGGAGCAGCAAUCCACUUGUUUGACCCUCUUCUCCGCCCUCAAAUCCGAGCUCGAUCGAGCAAGUAUUCAUGUGAGCAAACUGAUGAAAGAACAGAAACACAACCAUGGCGCCAUAGAUAUUCUGGUGGAGCAGUUUGAGAAGGAGAAAGCAGGCUGGAAGAUGAGGGAAGAAUACAGGCUUCAGAGUGCCAUCACAACCAUUUCUGGAGAUCUGGAGACAGAGAAGAAGCUGAGAAGACAGACAGAGAGGCUGAACAGGAAGCUUGGCAAAGAAUUGGCUGACACAAGGGCAUCUCUAUUGAAGGCAACCAAAGAGGUGGAGAGUGAGAAGAGAGGAAAUGAAAUCUUGGAGAGUAAGAGCUAUGGAGAAUGGAGUUGUGAUUCAAAAGCUUGGAAAAGGGAUUGUAAAGGUGAUGAAUCUGAGAGAUACAAUAGGAGGAGGAUUAGAAACCUGAAAGAGCAGAUAGUUUGUGGUUCAAGAACAUCCUCCCAAGAUUUCACCUUCAUAUGAAGCUAAGCUAGGAAGUGUUUGUAUUAAAGUAGUAACAAAUUAAAGCUUGCAACCUAAUGGUAGACAUGGAUAAAGUUGAAGUCACUUGUGUAGAAGUACUUAAUUGAAUCCCUACUCUUUAGAUCAUGGCAUUAUUUUACACAUAAGUUCAAUAAUCACCACAUCAUUAUGGUUUUGGUGUUUCCCUCAAUUGUAUGUAUGAAAACUCCAUUACUUCACAUCCAA